UUCUGGAACCUUCUAAACUUUCCUCAACUCGGUUAGUCUAGCUUUUCCAAGACUAAGUACUAGUCUUUCUCUUCCCUUCUCUAUCCAAUUUCUUUCUCCCCAACAAAGCCAAAAGAGCCCAUUCAUCAUUUUCAACAACCCCUUUUUGUUGAAAUUCAAAAUUGUCAAAGUGAAGAAAAGGAAGAGAAACCAAGUAGAAGGGGAAGAGGAGGAGAUGGGGGUUGAUUAUUACAAAGUAUUGGGUGUUGAUAGGAAUGCAAGUGAUGAUGAUUUGAAAAAAGCUUAUAGAAAACUUGCUAUGAAAUGGCAUCCUGAUAAGAAUCCAAACAACAAAAAAGAUGCUGAAGCUAAAUUCAAACAGAUCUCCGAGGCUUAUGAUGUAUGUAAAGAAAACAAUAAAUUUGUCAUCUUUUUGCCUUUUUGCCUUGCUUGUUUUGUUUAAACUUUUUAUCUUUUCCAUCUUUAGUUUAAUGGGGUUCUAAAAUCUUGGAUUCAAUGUUGCUAAUUUAGAGGGUUUUCACAUCUGGUGGGAGGUGGCAUUAUCAUGUAACUUUUUUUUUUGUUUGUCUUUUGGUUAUCUUCUUGCCUUUUUUCCUUGUGGGUUUUGGUUAAAGUUUUAAUCUUUGAUUGAAUGUUGAUCAUUUAGAGGGUUUUAUGAUCUAGUGUUUAUAAUCUUGCUUGAAGUUAAUGGAUACAAAAUCUUGGGUUGAAUGUUGUUAAUUUAGAGGGCUUUUCCAUCUGUCCUACCAAUGGUGGACAGAGAUACCUGAUACUGAAAUCUGUUGCUGGUGGGAGGUCGCAGUAUCCCGUAGAUUUAGUCAAAGGUGCGCGGAAGCUGGCUCAGGCACCACGGUUAUCAAUUUUUUUUUUUGAGGGUUUUAAGGUCUAGAGUUUAUAAUCUUUGCAAAAAGAAUGGUGUGAUUUGUGUUUUCCGUUUUCUUUGAUUAUCUUUUUGCCUUUGUCCUUGCUUGUUUUGUUUAAAGUUUUAAUCCGUUUUUAUCUUUUUAUUUUAAUGGGUUCAAAAUCUUGGAUUGAAAGUUGAUGAAUUAGAGGGUUUUCAUAUCUGUCCUAGUGGUAGUGGACGGAGUUACCGGAUAUCUGUUGUUGGUGGGAGGUGGCAGGGAUGGGAGGUGUCAGAUGUCCCUUGGUGAUACAAGAAAACCAAGGAACACACGGAAUUGGCUCAAAACAGUCCAAACACACUCCAAAAAAAGUCCACUAAUUCAAAGAAUCGAGGACCCUUUUGAAGACCACUCUCGGAUGCAAGAAUAAAAUACAAGAAGGACAAUAUAACUAGGUGUUUGACACUUUUUGCAGCCAACAACAAACUAAGUUAACAACACAAGAUGAAACAACAAUGAGAAGAACAACAACAACAACAAAACGGCUUCACAAUACAAGAUACAAAACGGAUACAAGAUUGCAAAAGAAAAAGGAUAGAUAGAUGGACCACAUGAAGGUAUAAUGUUAAGAAUCCAAGAAUGGUAAAUCUUGGACCCUUAACACUACGCACAACAAUAAACCUAUCUCUUACAAAGACACAAGAUCGGAAUCCACCUCCCAAGCAUCAACGUUUCCAAGCAAAUGCAAACACAGGUGCUUAGCGACUCCCAGAAAAAAACUGUGUAUGACCAGUUUGGUGAAGAAGGACUGAAGGGUGGGGUGCCACCGCCUGGAGCUGGUGGUCCUGGUGCGGGUUCAACCUAUUUUUCUGCUGGGGAAGGCGCUACUCCAUUCAGAUUCAACACUAGAAAUGCUGAUGACAUAUUUGCUGAAUUUUUUGGCUUUUCUCCUCCGUUUGGAGCACCUGGAGGGGGUAGGACUUCAAGGUUUGGUAGUGCGUUCACUGAUGAUAUAUUUGCAUCAUCCUUUGGUGAAGGAGGUGGUGGUGGUGGUGCUUCAAUGCAUCAAUCAGCUCCAAGGAAAGAGGCUCCGAUACAACAGAACUUGCCUUGUAGUCUUGAGGAUAUUUACAAGGGUGCCACCAAAAAGAUGAAAAUUUCAAGAGAAGUUGCCGAUGCAAGUGGCAAGAGAAUGCAGGUGCAAGAGAUUCUGACAAUCAAUAUCAAACCUGGUUGGAAGAAAGGUACAAAGAUUACCUUCCAAGGCAAGGGGAAUGAGUACCCUGGAGUUAUACCAGCUGACCUGGUUUUCAUAUUAGAUGAGAAACCUCACAAGGUUUUCUCGCGCGAUGGAAAUGACUUGAUUGUUACACACAAGAUUUCCUUGAUUGAAGCGUUAACCGGUUCUACUGUCCAUCUCACUACUCUGGAUGGGAGGAACUUAACCAUUCCAAUCAACAAUGUGGUUUCACCAACUUCUGAACAUGUCGUCCAAGGUGAAGGCAUGCCGCUUCCAAAAGAUCCAUCGAAGAAAGGAAAUCUGAGGAUCAAAUUUGACAUCAAGUUCCCUGCUCGUCUUACUGCGACUCAGAAAUCCGGUCUCAAGGAGCUGUUGUCGGGUUCUUGAGCUCUAUGCCGCUUGGUGCUGGCUUUGUUGUGACAUGUAUAUAUUUUCAUAAAACCAUUUUAAAUCGUGGAUUGGGGUGUUGGGUUAGGCUCAUAGACGAAGGGGCUUCCUUAGCAAAGUAAAUUUUGUUUUUGUUGCUUAUGGAUGUUGUUCAAUGUUUACCAAUGUUACCAUUCAACAACGGGCAAUACUACUUCAUUUUGUGGAAUAAGGCAUCAAAAUUUACUGUG